GUCAUCUUUCUGUCCUUAUUUAUAAGUCUCCCGAUAUCCCGCGCACACCGUAUCUUUACCGCUUUUACUCUUCUCGUCGUCUCUCUAUCACUCCCCAACUAAUAACCGUUGUACAAACGAUGGGCUUCGAAGAGAGACCAGCCGUACUCAAUGGCACCGAGGCUUAUCGUGCAACUCGCCCGGAUAUAGUGGGCCCAGAUGUGCCGCAGAAGCCCUUCCCGAUCCUCAUGUCAGGCGCGGUGCAGCGAGGCUUCGGGAGGGGUGGGAAGGACCUGGGCUGCCCGACUGCGAACUUGCCCGAUGAGAGCAUCGUUCCUAUGAGUUCUGUCACAGAGACUGGUGUAUACUAUGGCUAUGCUCAGGUCUCAAGAGAGAAAGAUGGGAAGGCUGUCCUUGCUGAAGAGGACGGGAGGGUACUCCCGAUGGUAAUGAGCCUUGGGUGGAAUCCGUUCUAUAAGAACGAGAAGAUGUCGGCAGAGAUCCAUAUCAUGCAUGAUUUUCGCGGUGACUUCUACGGGCAUGACUUGAAGGUCAUGGUCCUAGGCUAUAUUCGACCAGAGCUUGACUACGUUUCGCGAGAGGCUCUGAUCGAAGACAUCGAGACUGACAAGCGUGUCGCUAUCAAGUCAUUAGCCCGCCCAAGCUACCAGCGUUAUCAAUCGGACCCUUUCUUUACGGACGCGAGGCAACAUAACUUAUAAUACUUGGAAAUGUGUCAAUUAGAGCAUCUCUGUGUAGAAGGAUACGUUAUGACCCCAGGAUCUGUAUUUCCUAGAUAUACAGCGGCGUUGUAUGACCCAUGCAGCCAAACUCCGAAUGUAGAUCCGAAAAGAUGAUAUAGAAGACGCAGUGACU